GGUUCCGCCUUGGCUGAGCACAGAGGUGGGUACAGUGACAACUGGCUGGCAGUGACGAGCGUUUCCUUUAGUGUUUUGCUGGCGUAGGCGUGACGCCAUGUUGUGAAAAGUGUCUGGCAAAAAAAGAAAGUGAAAAAUUCGCACGGAAAACUGCACUCGAACGUCGGGUAAAACAACAAAAAACAAUCGUCAAACCAAACCAAAUUUAAAACCCAAUUCCAGUGACAGAGAGAAAGGCAACUGCUAGCAAAUCAAUGGCCAACCAAUUUGUAGGCCCCAGUGGUGCCAUUGCGGUGGCGGUGCUGCUGGCGGUGGUGGUGCAGUCCAUCCAAGCAAUACCACAGCGCACAGCCGCAUUUUCGCUGCAGGCAGCCGUGGAUGAACUGCAUCGUCGGGAGGCGGCCAAAUACCCACUGAAUUCCCCACCAAUGCCAACCAAUUUGGAUGACUGGGAUGAAGAUGGCGAUUUAUUUGGCAAGAAUAGGAAUCGGAAUCGCCAUCGAGUUAAUAAGGCACUUGGCAAGUACUUAGAACGCGACGAGGAUAACUACGAUUCGGAUCACAAUCUGGGCUUGGGGUUGGGUCUGGGCUUGGGUCUAGGAUUCGAAGAUGGUGGAGAUUUGGUCCCAAAUAAUCUUCAGCUGGCCGAUGAGAAGAGAAAGCGCUUCUCCUCAUUUCGGGAACGUGACGAGCAGUUCGAUGGACCCGUACCGUCGGCUUUCCGUGAACGUGAGCACCAGCCUUUGAAUGCAGAGCCCGCACACAAUGAGCUGACAGAGCAGUUCCUGCGGGAGAUCGAAGAGGCCAGGGACCGAGAUGCAGUACGCCAGUGGUGGCGUCACCUGGACCAGGCCAAAAACCAACAGGAACCAGAAAACCAAGACGCUGAACUCUUUGAGCAGAAGAAACGAAUGCGAGUGCCACCCUACUACCUGUUGAUGCAGAAGAAGCGUUCCUACCCAGUUCUCCCAUGGUUGCCAUACAAUGGUGAUAAGAGGAAGCGUUUCCCGGUGGCUAAGAGGAGCACAAGCAAUACCAAUCCUGAAACUCCUCUUGGCAGAACCGAUGAGCGAGUGGCCCAGGAGCUAAGUGAGCUUUUUGGCAAGCCCAGCGAAACCCAAUCACAUAAUGAAGAGAAACGCAAGCGAUCGGCAGAUGACCAGCCCAAGGUGACAACCCAUCUUCCAUCUGAAUCCCCACCAGCCACUGCCACCGCCUUGGGUGACAUGCGUCUGGAGAUCAACUUCCAGAGGGUAAAUGUCACGCCAAAGGAAACCUCAACAUCUGCUCCCCCUGGCGCUGGUGAAAUGGUACAGCAUGGCGGUCAUGCCGGUCAUCAUGGUGGUCAUGUCCCGGGAAUGUCACCCGAAUAUCAUCAUCGAAAACGCAGUGAUCAUGCCCAUGGUGAGAAUGUUGAAGAUCCGGAAGCAGAUGAGCAUGAUGAGGAGGGUGAGGAGAGUUCCGAUGAGGAUGACCACGACGAGUUCGACGAGGAAGAUGGCGAAGGGGAUCAGGAGGCUGAGGAUGCGGAGGAGCGACGUCGGAAGAAGAAACGUGCUGCUGCCAGUGGAAAUGAACCUAAGCACCUGCAUGCUCCCACUGUGGGUCACCUGAUGCUCCGAGCCAAGAAGUCCAUCGAUUGGUCACAAUACUUUGGGUUGGAUCGCAAGAAGAAGUCCUCGCUGAAAAAUGAGGAUCUCAAGAAACGCAGUGAAACGGACAGUAGCUCCAAUAACGAUGAUGAGGAGGAUAAUGAAAGCUCUGAGGCGGAGAAAAAGAAGCGAGAUUUCGAUACCGAGAAAAUAGACAGCAUGGACAAGAAGCUGCAGUCCAUCGAAGACUUCAUCAUCGAUGAAACUAUCAAGUAUACUGGAGCCCAUGAGGGUCUUAACAGCAAGGAUGAUAUCCGCAGGAUCAAGGAGCAUGUCCUUUCCCGCCUGGCAACUGCUUAUAGUCUGGAGAAGAUGCGCAGGGCAUUGGAUAAGCUCAGGAGAUCAGUGGACAACGAAAAUCAUCUCAUGCGGAAUACCAUCGAACCGGAAUCGGAGGAGAAUGCCUUGGACUCCAACUACUGGCUGGCCAAAAAAUCCGUGAAGAAGGAUCAGGCGGAUGAACUGGAGGAAGAUUCGAAACCCCCUAAGGACAUGGAGAAAAGGAAACGCAGUGGUUACUUACGCUAUCCCGAGCAGCCGAAUGCCAUGGAUGAGGCUCUUAGUUUGGGCAGUGCACCCUAUGAAACCCUUAACGAUGCCUAUCUGGGCAAUAAGAACUACAUCGUUGGCUCCAAUCAGUGUCCCAUCAUUGAGUCCAUGGCGGAGCGCUGUCGAGGUGUUGAUCUCAUCUCCGGGGACAUUAACCAGGAGCUUCUGCCCCUCUGCGGAGUUCACCAGAUAUGCUACCUAUGUGGUGCCUCGCAGGUGGCCUGCGACUAUCAAUAUUUGGCGGAGGCUGAUGGCGUUUGCGGCGAUAGCAACGAAUGCCAGUCGGCAGCCCGCUCCAUCCUGAUGAUCCUGCGGGGAUCCCCUGGCCGGCAGCUAGGUCCUCGAGAGUGCUUGAAGAAUCCCUGCUUGUACAGGGCAAUGCGUGAGAUUGGGCUAUAAGCGGACUGUUCAAACCUGCCGCCCAGCGUUUUCCUAACGUCUUUUUGUGUGCGUUUAAAAAGAAAAACAAAAAAUCGAAAAUGAAAAAAUGAAAAAACGUAAUGCAACCCAGAGAGAGAAGAUAAAAAUAUGAGCCCAAAAAAUAACAAAAAACAAUAAGAAAACCAAAAACAAACCAUGCUGAACUAGCAAAAAUCAAACGAUUGAUUCAAAACUAAAUAGUCGUCGCAUAUAAAGACAUAAUAUUUUGAUGGAUUUUCCUGUCUGCCCUGCAAGGCGGCAGCAGCCAACUAGAGUUUACCAGAUACCUAAAGAGAUACAACUAUAUUAUAUAUAUAUACAAUUUCGAUUCAGUUCAUCGCAGUAGACGCCCGGAUGGAGGCCCGAUUUAUUUCGUUUUAAAUGUUCAGUGUGAAAAUGGAAAUGGAAUUUUUCGAAACAUAUUUGCACGUUUUAUGGGUGUUUAAAUGUACAAAAACGUGAUCAUAAGCGAAACCUACAUACAUAUGCGUAACCAAGACAUACAAGUAAUUAAUCCAGAAACAGCUUUUUAAGUAAUUUAAUUUGCUUGACAUUCUGUGGAAAGCAGAGCUCACAUUGGCAGCUAAUUCUUCUAGAAGGCUUCUAUUUGGUUCGACUUGGCACAUCCCAAAAAGCCAUUAACAUUUACAUACCACAUACAUAAUAUAUAUAACGAUUUUAGCCUAUACUGAGGAAAAAAAGAAACUAUAUAUGUACGAGUAUAUCACUGGCAGAGUGACUAACUAUCAGAGACUUCUCUCUCCCCCGCAUUACUUGUCUACAGAUGAACAUAUACAUAAAUGUGUUUCAACGUGCUUACAAUAAAUGGACAUAACUAAGACAAAUAUUUAAAGCUCUAAACAAAUCUAUAGAUGUGAUUAUUAAUAUAUACAAGGAGUUUAAUAAAUGUGUAAAUCUUUUAGGGCAAGCAUAUACCAAUCUGAACAACAGCAAGACGUUUGGUUGCGAAAUCAAAAUAUUAUUAAUGUAUUUACAUAAACGAAUAUAUAUAUAUUUGAACUUGAUGUAUAUGCUACAGUUUCAAAAACAAAACAAAACCAUAAAAAAAAAAAAACAGACGUAUUUGAAAAUAUUUAUUGCUAUACAGUUAUCAUAAAUGUCGAAUAAAUAUAUCGGGGAUAUCCUAAAA